CAUUCAUAUUUUAUUUGUUUGCUUCCAGAUCUGUUGGGAGCUGUGAAUGCUGAAGUGAAUACAUUGACACGGAGAGAGAGGCAGAAUGUCACUCUACACACUGGACUAACUGGACUACAGGCUGAUAAGAUAUUUUGGUCCUUUGGUCCAGUCAUUCCAAACACCUCAAUAGUUGAGAGUCAGGUCAUCAGAGGAGAGAACAUCACAAAAUUCAAAGGAAGAUUCCCAGACAGACUGCAGCUGGACAGACAAACUGGAUCUCUCACCAUCAGAAAUCUCACCCUCAACAACUCUGGAGUUUAUCAGAUAGACAUUUUUAAUACACACAAAACAUCUCAGAGAUUCUAUCUAACUGUCUAUGGUGAGUCUCUAGUACCAUUUCCUCAAGUCAGAAAAAUCCCUGAAGGUGAUUUUCUGGACAGUUCAUCAGAGAAGGGGAGCUGUUCAGUGGUGUGUUCUGUGGAGAACCGGAGAGACAUGACCCUCUCCUGGUACAGAGGAGAGAAGAGACUCAACCAGACCAGCAGCCCUGACCUCUCCACCAACCUGUCUCUCCCUCUGGAGAUAAAGCUACAGGACAAAGAUAUCUACAGCUGUGUGGCUGCCAACCCAGUCAGCAACCAGACAACCAAACUCAACAUUGAAACGCUCUGCCUUCAGUUUGUAGGGAGUCCAGAAGAGGAGGGCUCUGUGGUGUAG